UAUGGUUAAGGGUGGUACAUUAUUGGUUACUACGGUAUGUCAACAUCUAGUUUAUCUUUGACAGCUAGAUUUUAUUACUGUAACCAAGGUGAUAGAGUUGUUGCUGUUAAUUAGUUUUCUCUGUAUGCUAAUAUCUAGACUGUCUUUAGAACUGGGUACUGGGCCAAAUAUACUGCAGCCUAUCUACCCAAAUAAACAGGUUAUUGGAUCCUGGGACAGACGUAAAAGCCUAUAAUUAAACACACAUGGAGGGUAUCCCUGAAAAGCAGACAUUAAGGAAAAAGGUCUCCAUAUUAGCAACAACAUCAGCAAACCUACAAUUCUACAAGUUGGGUGAGUUAGAUAUCUUAUCACAGCUUUUAACAACCCACUCAAACUCUGUCCAGUGAUACAGUGUGAAAUCUAAAUCCUCAUCCUACAAGUCAAUAGAUGCUAUCCAAGACUGAAAAAUCAUGAAAUACCAGAAUAUGCCUGAGAAAGAUAAAAAUACAUAUUAUAAAAACAGCUCAAAAAUCUUAAAUGAAGUUAUUCUAGGAUAAUAAGGACUAUAUCAGCAGUCUGAGGUUUUAUUUUUAAUUCUGACAGAAGUAGUAGAUUUCACACUCCGUUUAAAUUUUAAUUUCUCAUAUAAGGACCAUUCCUUUGGUCUUAAGAAACAUUUAACCUAAAUCUUUAUUAGGAGCCUUCCAAGGUUAUGCUGGGGUGGCAACUAGGAUGGAGAAGAAAAAAAGCUUCUUUCUGCUCCAGUCUAUCACACAAGAUCAAACCCUCACGAUUUCAGGUGCAAAGCAUUACACACCCCGCCUCCCCACACCCGCCCUUCCUGCACACUUCCGCACAGAACACAGGAAUUCUACACAGUGCUCACUGCGCGGACGAACAGGUGACCCAGAGGGGUGGAAAGGAUCGGGCUCAGCAGUCAGCCCACUCUCAAAAAACCUCUGGACUGGGGGCCCACAACGUCUGAGGAAACAAGGGGAGGAAAGGCUCAGCACCCAACCCACAGACUCGGGGCUGACAGUGCCUCCCGCGCGGGGCGGAGCCAAACCGCCAAGCCCCGCCCCUGCGCGCACCACCCACUGUUCCUUCCUCGAGCCUCUCCCAUCUGGAAGCUGUGAGAGGAACCUCUCACCGGACGCCGCCUUCCUCAGCGCUCGGAGCCGCGCCAUGCUAGCCUUCGGAAGUCCCUUGACCAGAGGUCUGGCCCCGCGGGCGCGCGCGCCUCAGGUGUGCUCGUCUUUUGCUACAGGCCCCAGACAAAAGGAUGGAACACUCUAUGAAUUUCGUACCUAUUAUCUUAAACCCUCAAAAAUGAAUGAGUUCCUGGAAAAUUUAAAGAAAAAUGUUCAUCUUCGGACAGCUCAUUCUGAAUUGCUUGGAUAUUGGAGUGUAGAAUUUGGAGGCAGAAUGAACAAAACAUUUCAUAUUUGGAAGUAUGAUAAUUUUGCUCAUCGAACUGCAGUUCGGAAAGCUUUGGCCAAAGAUAAGGAAUGGCAAGAACAUUUCCUCAUUCCUAAUUUGGGUCACAUUGAUAAACAAGAGAAUGAGAUUACUUAUCUGGUCCCAUGGUGCAAAAUAGAAAGGCCUGAAAAAGAAGGAGUCUAUGAACUCGCUACUUUUCAGAUGAAACCUGGUGGUCCUGCUUUGUGGGGUGAUGCAUUUAAAAGGGCUAUUAAAGCCCAUGUUGAUCUAGGCUACACAAAACUAGUUGGUGUUUUCCACACAGAAUAUGGAGCACUCAACAGAGUUCAUGUUCUUUGGUGGAACGAGAGUGCUGAUAGUCGUGCAGCUGGGAGACAUGAAUCUCAUGAGGAUCCCAGAGUUGUGGCAGCGGUUCGGGAAAGUGUCAACUACCUAGAGUCUCAACAGAAUAUGCUUCUGAUUCCUACAUCAUUUUCACCGUUGAAGUAGUUGGUACUGAAAAUAUCAAGCAUUUCAUUAAAUGGUAUAGGAUGUGUCUGCUGAUGGUGCUUAAAUUCCCCCAAGAAAAUUAUUCUCACUUUUGUUUGAAGGAGGUGGUAAGUUAAUUCACUAUGUUCCUUACAAUUUUUAAAGCUACUUCUGUCAUUUGUCACUACCACUUCAGGAAAUAGUUGUUCAUUUUCCCUAUGGCAUUUUAGUAUCAAUUAUACAUUAGAAAUAGUUGUCGCUACUUAAUGAUCUUGAUUCUUCAUUCAUUUCUCAAUGUCUUCUGUAUUUUGACAGUUCUUUGCCAUAUAGUAUUUUCUUAUAUUCACAUAAUGAUUUUAUAUUUCCUCACCUUACAAUAUACAUUUUUAAAUAAGUUACACUAUCUUCUUCAUUGUUUGUUUUUCUGAGAUUUAAAAAUAUUUUUGCUGAUAAAGUUUUCUUUGUGACAUCAAAUGAGGUUCAUAAAAAUAAUAGAUCAAGUACAUUUCUUUACUUUGGAAAAGUACAGUAUCAUCUCUGUAUUAAUCAUGGUUUUCAUAUUAUUAGGUUAUUCUGACUUGAAAAAUAAUGUAAUUAUGUCACAGCAUGAAAAAUCUAGAGAAGAAUUGUUGGCUUAUAUGCUGAAAUAUAUUCAUCACAACAAUUUUAUUAAUUUUGACUUCGCCUUGGGUCCCUUCACAAAGAUCCUGAGACAUUCAUUUGUUUUAAAGAGAUCUUUAUAAUUAUGAAAAUGUUUGCCAUAAUAAAAGCCUACAUAUCCAUUUUGAUUUUUUAAA